AUGGGGACUCUCAGAGAUCUUCAGUUCGCACUUCAGCUGAAGAUUGAGGAGUUACGGCAGAGAGACGCUCUCAUCGACGAGCUCGAGCUCGAGCUGGACGCUAAAGAUGAUCUGAUCCGCCGCCUGGGGGGGGAGCUCGACCGUCUGCGGCUCUCAGCGGCUGGUCAACAACCUGCUCCUUCCCUGAGAGUGAGGAGAAAAGCUCUGCUAACAGAACCAGUUACCCUGGAGCCGAAACUAGUCUUACAAAACAAACCAAUCAGCUACAGCAAGAGUCAAGAGUCGCAGCAGCUGAUAGAAUCGGCUCUAGCAGAAAAUGAGUGUAUGAAAUAUCUAGUCAGGGAUCAGAUGCGCUGUUUGGUGGAUUCUGCCUAUCCCAUAACGCUCAAACAGGGUGUGAGUGUUGUCCAGGAAGAGGAUAAUGGGGCCCAGGCAUACAUAGUUGAAGAGGGAAAACUGGAGGCAUCCAGGGCUGGCCAGAGGCUGCACAUCAUUGAGCCGGGGAUGAUGAUCGAAGAACAGGCCCUCAUUCAUAACCACACCUGCUCCAGUACUGUCACAGCUCUGGUCAACAGCAGGCUGUGGGUGAUGGAGGGUCAGGUGUUUCAGAGGAUCAUGCAGAGGAAUGGACUCGCCGCUAUCACACAGUCUUUGCACUUCCUGCGCAGUGUGGCACUGCUCUGUGAGUUUCCAGAGGAUGUUCUCAUGAAAGUGUCUGAUGCACUGGAGGAGUCUCAAUACAGUAAUGGUGAUUAUAUAAUUCGAAAUGGAAAUCCAGGAGACAAAAUCUUCAUUCUGAGUCAAGGCCAGAGAGGUAACGUGAUCUUUGGCAAAGGUUUGACUUUAGAAUUAUACGACACCAGACAAUGA